AUGCUUGUUGGAUGUUGCCGUACUCCAGUUCGUUAUUCGCAGUACUGUGAACUUCAUUUGAAUGAAAAUAAAGAAGCGGCUGAUUGUAUUAAGAAAGUCCCAGGUCGCAAGGUUUUUAAUCAUUCAGGCUUUUCUUUAUUCAAAACAAGAAGCCGAAAAAAACAAAGAGGUUUUGGGGCAACAAGUUGUCGUACUGUUAAAGCAAGAUCAGAUGCCUACAUCCGCAAAUGUGCUCGAAGUUUCGGUGUGAUAGCUGCUGUAACAAACUGCGGUGUUGUAACUACAUUUGGCGAAAUUUUUAGGACAGAAACAUUGAAAGAGAUUUUGCAGUUAUUGACUAACAGUAUAAAAGUAUCAGGUGUAAUACCCAAAACAGCUGCUUAUGAUGACGGUUGUCAUUUGGUUGAGUAUCUUCAUAAACAUCUCGGUAAAGAUCUUAAUAGCACAGCUGCUGCAAACAGCCUGGCUCAACCUCAUGAAAUUCCACAUAUACCUGACAUUAGCUUAAUGCAUCUAGCAGACGAAAUGUUGACCUCGAAUUAUACUACUAAUUCAUCGAAAAAUGUCACUUCACGUAAACAAUCCAUUGCAAGUGUACUUGAAAACUCAACAACAACUAUACUAACUAAGAAGCGGAAAACAGUAACAUUACAAAAUGAUUCUCAACAACAACAAAAACAGGCUACCGGUGUCUAUUCAAAGACUGAUUGGUCUGCCCAAGUGGAAAGAAUUAUCAAACAAAGCAGCUCCAUAAAGGAAAAUUUUUAA